GAAUAAAUUUGGGGAGUAUAUUAUGCUCAAGCAAUCAUAAUGCUAUUAUAGUCAAUACUUAAUGUUUGUAUAAGCCACGAGAACUAAAGUGGCAACAGCAUGGGGUUCUGUGGUUUCUGGUGUUUUUUUCUUUUUUGCAUGUCGCUAUCUGCUAGGUACUUGAAAACAUUUCAGAGACAUUUACAAAUCUCAAUCAAUAUGGAAAUGCCCAGGCAUGCAGGAUUUGUUGCAGGAAACCCUAAAAUGCAUAAAGUGGAAUAGUAUGUACCUCGCCACACUGUUCUAAAAUGUGCGCGCUAAAAUGUUUUUUUUUCUUUUUUUUUAUAGGAAGGAGAGACUGCUUUGCACUAGAACCGGGUCCAGCAGCUCGAAAUGGCCCUACUACUGGCUACUCCACAGUUUGCUCGGCUCCUUGCCGAUGAACGAUGAAUUUCUGGUAGAGGAAAACAUUGAGGUGCCAGAGGUUAGAGAACUGCCUGAAGGCGGACAGGUGAUUGGAUCUUGGGAAGACAGUGCAGCUUUGGAAGCCGAUGGCGAUGUGGCAGCCUCUGAGCCAGCAGAGACUCUUACUGCUAGCAGAGAUGCCAUUCAUGAUGAAGCAUCCUCGCCACUCUGUAGCAUGGAUGGCCCAGCACGGGACACUAGCAAAAGCAAGCUUGCAACUGGUCGUAAGCGGCCAGCUACUGUUGUGCAGUCGAUCCUGGCCAGCCACAAGGAAGAAAUGGUUUAUGUGAGAAAGUCCGACAAGAAAAGGCAGAAGCUACUGCGAAAGCUUGUCCAUCUCCAAGAAGAAUCAAAUGAUAUGAAUGCCAGCAUGAUGCGCAUGAUCGGAAAGUACUUCGAAUCGAAGACAAACAAGCAAUAAAACCGUUGAUGCUCUGCUGUUUCACAUACUGGCCUUGCAAUUGAUAUCUGCACAAUGAGUUCUGGUAAGCAUUCUAAGCAUGGAAACGCUGAAAAGCAUUCAUUAGCACAGUGUUUAGUUGCUACCACGUAGCGACUCUUCCCCAAAUCGACGUGUGGUCAUUGUUCGCAAUUUUAGACUCUAGUUUGUUGAGUAUAACUGCUAAACUGACAAAAUUACAUAAAUACUUAAUGCAUAUCGCCAGACGUAUUAAUGCUGAACAGCUUCAUUUGCACUGCAGCUGAGCAACAAAGUAAUGCAACAAGGGCCAUACGUGUGGACAAAUUUAGCAGUACAGGCCCAUGUGGUUUGUGCAUGAA